UACACCUGCUAGCUAGCUUAGCUCUCGGCAUGGCUACUGGUAAGCUCUUAGCUGUUGCACUUGUUGUCAUGUUAAGCACUGGAUUAACCAAUGCUAUUAGGGUGGUAAACCAUGCCACUGCUGAUGGCCAAGGCAGAGGUGGGGGUGGCGGUAGCGGAACCGGAAACGCCUAUGGCUCAGGCUCUGGAUCUGGGUAUGGCUCUGGCUAUGGCAAUUCCUAUGAUAGUACUUCUCAGGGUCCUAGCAGUAGCUUCUCCUCUGCUAGUGGAGCUGGUGAGGGUUCUGGUGGUGGCGGUUGGCAAGGUUAUGAUCAAUACGCCUCGGGUUACGGAGUAGGGGGUGCAUCUGGCUCAGGCCAUGGUGACUCAGGUGAUUUUUACAGUAAUGGGGCUUCAAAUGCAAAUGGAAGUGGGGGCGGCGGUGGCUCCGGAGGAAGUUUCGGCAAUGGCCAAGGGUAUGGUGAUGGGUCAGGGAAUGGGCAAGGCUCUGGCUACAACAAUGGACCAUAUGGUUCAAGCAGCGCAGAUAGUGGUGGACGCGGAGGUGGAAGGGGUGGUGGUCAUGAUGGUGGAUUUGGCCGUGGUUUUGGCAAGGGGUCAGGAAGCAGCAAUGGAGCUACUUGGGGUGGAUAUUACAAUGAUGGCAAUGUCAGUGAACCACCACAAGCGGCUAGCGAACCACCACAGGCCAUUGGUGAUAGCGUCAGCGAACCACCACAGGCCAUUGAUGGUGGUGCCAGCGAACCACCACUGGCUUAUUAAGAUGUAUUUUGUUUUGGAGCAAUGGUAGCCUUGGGUGACAUGUAGUUGUUCCGUUU